AUGGACAUACGCUCUCUUGUGAUGGAAGAGGAAGUUCUUGACUUCUGCAUUGAGUUCGAAGGACAUGCUCUAUUUCUCUACAAACUAGUGGAGGAUCAUAUCUCUGGUGGUAGUACUUUAACAGUGUGUAAUUACUUUCUUCAGGUUGUCCCUACUGGAGGUUGCCUGCUGAGAAUGCCACAUAGCUCAAAUGUGAGAAGUCUGACAAUGAAAACAUCUUUGGAUCAAAAUGAGCUUUUAGGAAUCACGUUCUUACUUAAUAAAUGCCCUGAAUUAGAACACCUCACUAUCAAAUUGGAUCUCCCAAAAAAUUAUUUGGAUUACGAGUUACCUGACAACUUUAACCUCGAGAGGUUUUGGACUGAUCACGCAAGGGAUUAUAACUGCAUGGUAUAUACUCUUAAAGAGGUGGAGAUUAAGGGCUUCGAAGGAUCAAUGAAUGAAAUUCAUAUGCUUACCUAUUUCAUCACUAUUGGGAGAGUCUUGAGAAAGAUGACUAUCAACAUAUUGAAGGAUGAUGUUGUCAAUCAAGAUGAAAGCUUGAAUUCCUACUGUCGUGACAUGAUAGAAACGCUAAUGUCUCAAAGGGCUUCAAGAGAUUUAGAGAUUUCAAUUUAUUUUAUUAGUAUUUAA